ACCACCCCUAACCGAUAGUUAACAACAAACUCCGCCUACGCCGGCAAACCGCCACGAAAACUGGAAAAAACGAAAUAAAUUGGACUUUAUAGCUAUUAAAUCACGUAUAAACCAUGAUCGAGACACUGUAUAACCUGCCCUUCCACAUCCUAGUGCCGCCCAACAUCAAGGUCCGGAAAUUCAGCAUUCCAAUGCCCUCGCCCAUGGCUGUCUUCAGUGUGAUAUUGUUUUCCUAUUUUCUGGUGACAGGCGGCAUUAUUUACGACGUGAUCGUGGAGCCGCCCAGUGUGGGAGCCACUGUGGACGAGCAUGGCCACUCCCGACCCGUGGCCUUUAUGCCUUACCGGGUGAAUGGGCAGUACAUCAUGGAGGGCCUGGCCAGCAGCUUCCUGUUCACCGUCGGCGGCCUGGGAUUCAUCAUCAUGGACCAAACCCACUCCCCGGGCAAAACUAACCUCAACCGCCUGCUGCUCACCGCUAUGGGAUUCAUUUUCAUCCUGGUCUCCUUCUUCACCACCUGGCUUUUCAUGCGCAUGAAGCUGCCCAGCUACCUGCAGCCCUAGAAUCUCUUCUAGAAACGGACGAAACAACGCUCUCUUAGUAUUCUCUCAAUGUCGAAAAUCUCCAAUGGGAGAUGCCCCCAAAAUCUCUUUCAACUUGAUGCCAAUCGAAGUUCCACGUAAUUUAAUAUUGCAUUUUAAUGAGGAGAUGUAAGGGCUAUCACCGUAUAAGAAAUUCCAGUUUAUAACGCUUUAAGCUUCUGAAAAUGCAAUAGGGGGCAUUUUUAAAACUGGUUAUUGGCGGUAAUCAGAUUCAGAAUACCCUUUUAUUUCUCUAUUUUUCAUUGCUGUCGAAUAAAUAAUAUAAUUAUAUAAAUAUUAAAA